UGCUGCAGCACUCUAACUCACCGGGGUAACACGGUUAUAAAUUGGCGCGUCAUCGUAGUACCAUUUGCAGUCGGUGCACGGACGCGCAACAAUGCAGAAAGAGGCUCGGAACUACGACAAGAUCGUCAACAGGGAUGAGAUCACGGAUGCCGCCGCGGCGGCGUUCGCCAACGCCGGCCAGGUCCCGGAGAAGUACGUCCGGACCGAGGAGGUCCUCGACGGCGUCGUUGUCGGCGAGGACGAGAGCUACGAGCUGCCGGUCGUCGACAUGGCCAGUCUUCUUGACCCGGAGUCGGCGGCGCUCGAGAUCGGGAAGCUCGGGGACGCUUGCAGGAACUGGGGCUUCUUUCAGCUGACGAACCAUGGAGUCGACGAAGAAGUGAUCCAGCGAAUGAAAGACAGCACCGUGCAGUUCUUCAGCUCGCCGCUGGAGAGCAAGAAGAAAGUGGCGGUCCGAGAGAACGGCUUCGAAGGAUUCGGGCACCAUUACAGCAGGGCAUCAGGAGGUAAGCUGGACUGGGCAGAGAGCGUGAUCCUCAUCACGCAGCCACCCCAAGACAGGAACAUGGAGAUGUGGCCUACCAACCCGCCCACAUUUAGGGACGCGCUUGAGGUGUACUCCGUGGAGAUGAUCGGUCUCGCGAUGAAGCUCCUGGGCUUCAUGGCGGCCGACCUCGGGGUGGAGCGGGAGGCGCUCGUCGGCGCCUUCACCGGGCGGCGGCAGAGCAUGGCGAUCCACUACUACCCCCCCUGCCCCCACCGGGAGAAGGUGAUGGGCAUCACGCCGCACACCGACGGGCUCGGCCUGACGCUGCUGCUGCACGUGGACGGCACGCCGGGCCUGCAGAUCAGGAAGGGCGGCCGGUGGUUCCCGGUGCGGCCGCUGCCGGGCGCCUUCGUCGUGAACGUCGCCGACAUCCUCGACGUCCUGAGCAACGGCACGUACAGGAGCGUCGAGCACCGGGUGAUCCCGGACGCCGAGAGGGCCCGCACCACCGUCGUGAUAUUCCAGGAGGCCUCCGUCGGAGGGGCGGUGGCGCCGCUGCCGGGGCUCGUGCCGAAGGGCGGCGGGGCGCGCUACAGAUCCAUCGGAGUAGAGGAGUAUAUCAAGGGGAACUUCAACGCGCUGGCUGAAGGGACAUGCUUCAUCGAGAGCCUCAGGAUUUAGAGCUUGUGAUCGCGAUGUAUCUGCACCCAAGUGGUUGGUGACAGAGAGCUGCUUGCUUCUGUCCUUGUAUCCAGUGCGCUUGAAAAAUUGAAUAAAAAUCCAGACUGCAGAGUAACACUA